AUGAAGAGUUGUCUGCAUGAGCUUGUUAGUGUGAAUCAAUUAGCUUUUGUUCUUGGUAGAAGGAUUACUGAUAAUAUUCUUUUGACUCAAGAACUAAUGCAUAACUAUCAUCUUGAUAGAGGACCUUCAAGGUGUGCUUUAAAAGUUGAUAUCCAGAAAGCUUAUGAUAAGGUCGACUGGAAUUUUCUUAGGAAAAUACUUCCUGGAUUUGGAUUUCACCCGCGCAUGGUUUCUUGGAUUAUGGAGUGUGUUACGACCACUACUUUUUCGCUGAAUAUAAAUGGUGCUUUGAAUGGCUAUUUUCAAGGUAAAAGAGGGCUUAGACAAGGAGAAACAUUGUCUUCAUAUCUUUUUACUUUGCAUGGAGAUGUUGAUUCGGCUGGUGGAAUUUCAAGGGCUUUGGAUGAAUUCAAAUAUGCCACGGGUCUAAGCCCAAGUUUUGCAAAAAGUUCUGCUUUCUUUUGUAAUGUGCUUAACCAUGUCAAAUUGGGUAUUCUUAAUGUGCUUCCAUUUGAAAAGGGCCGACUUCCUGUUAAAUACUUGGGUGUGCCAUUGGUUUCUUCUAGACUUUGUUAUCGUGAUUGCAAGGAACUGAUUGAACGAGUUCAAUUGAGAAUUCAAAACUGGAAGAAUAGGAUUCUGUCUUUUGCAGGGCGAUUACAACUUUUAAUUUCGGUUAUUUCUUCAUUACAUGUUUAUUGGUCGGCUGCAUUUAUUCUCCCUGUUCAAGUUACACAGGAGAUAGAAAGAUUAAUGAGGAAUUUCCUUUGGAAUUCUGGUGAUCAAGGAAGGGUAAGGUUGCUUGGGAAGAUGUUUGUCUUCCUAAAGAAGAGGGUGGAUUAG